AUAGGUGAACCCAAGAUGACAUUCGUGCGAAUGCUGAUCUUGAUGCCGCUGCUGCUAUCGCUACUGGCUAAAUGCGGCCCGUUGGCUUUGCCGCCGCCGCCACCACCACCCACUCCUUCAGCCCGAUCCGCCCAAUCGCUGGCCAUACUGCGUGCUCGAGAUCAAUGCUUCCGCAGCGAGCGGAUCAGCCCGAAUCAGCGCCUGGCCCUGGACAGACAGCAGUAUAGCAAUGUACCCUAUGUGCAUCGCUAUGUCUAUUGCUUCUGGACGCGCCUACAGCUGUGGCACGAUGGCACCGGCUUCGAUCCGAUGCGCAUUGUCGAAAGCUUUGGCGGCCCGAGGCGUCUGAAUCUGGAGCAGACCGUGCCGGCCAUCAAUGGCUGCAAUGCGCAUGCGCGUCGCUCGGCCAGAACGGCGCUGGACUGGUGCUACGGCGCCUUUGUUUGUGUGCUGCGCACCACGGUGGGCGAUUGGUAUCGCCACCACAUGCAGGACGUCAUCAAUGGCAACGCCUAGGCUGGCGAUAAUGCAAGCAAUUAGGUGAUUGGGACCACAUACAUACAUACAUACAUACAGACAUAUGUAUUUAGCUUGUGUAAUUAAUGAUAAAAGAUGUUUGGAUUUUUGGUGUUGGUUAAUCGCUUGGGCAGUCGAGCAGUCGAGCAGAACAAAAACAUUUGAAAAUCCAGUGUUAUUUGAUCUAACUAGAAAUAAGUAUAGUAAAUUCGAUAAUCGAUAGUUUGUUAGGGGCCGGGCUGGCAGCAGUUGUUCCAUAACUAACUGAUUUUUUGGCUUUGCGUAGCUUUAAUGCACAUUCAUCUGCUGGUUGUUCAGACACUUGGAAGUCGUAGUAGACUUGGGCAGCAAAAUUCACUAAAAUUUAUACUGAAGACUUU